AUGGCGGAAACGAAAGAAACUUGUCCCGAGUGUGGAAUCGUAGUCACCACAUUGUAUAAGGAAUUUGGUCUUCGUUUUUGCUCGGACGACGAGAAGAAAUACUACGGUGCUAAGUUCGAGAGGGGAAGGGAUCUUCCGGAUAUCACAAACGAGUCUCUGAACAAAUCUUCCGAUGUGCAAUUGUCGAACAAGGAACCGUGGACCUUGGAGGAUCAAGCGGGGAUCAAGUACGAAGGAAAGCGUGUUGAGAAAUCACAAUCAUCGGAAUUAUUUUUCUUGCGGAGGGAAGGCGAUGAAUUUGUGGCUAUUCCGUGUGCCGAGUGUUUUACGUUCACAAGAAUUCAUUCCGGUUCCCAUCUUACGACUGAACAAGCUGAGGAGAGAAUGGAGAAAAGCCGUGAACAAGCUGAAGAGACGAUUCAGAAAUACAAUAAGCGCUCGAGGACCGGUCAGACAAAACCAACAUCCACCUGUGACAAGCAAGAUGAUUCACUUGAGAAAGGCGAGCAUUGGGAUCAUGAAUCCAUCUGUUCGGAUGAUGAGGAGGAUGUUGGCGUCGGUGAUACUGAACAGAUUUCUCGUCCAGAAGCAAUCCGGAAAGAUAAUGAAACAUUCCUUAGUAAUGCUGGAAGGGAUCUGAAGAAUCUUCUUCAAAAGUACGAUGAAUCGGAUAAAAAUGAGAGUGGGAGCGGAGCCCGUGAUAACUGA